UCUGUUGUGGUGUGAUAAAAAUACGUUAGUAAUCAAUUGCAACUCCAACAGCAUAGACAUUUCUCGUCUUUAAAGCGCGUCUAGUCGUUGUGUUUUUACUUAAAUCCAUAAACGUGUAUAUUUUUUUUAACCCCCCAAAAAUUCAAACACCAAAAAAACGGAGGAUACUCUAUAAAGUGUAUUAAAUAAAAACAUUAACACCAACAACAAAUUUCUACGUUUCUACUAAAAAAUUUUAGUUUAGUCAACGUUUUGGUUUAUUGUAAAAAAACCUCAUAAAAGUUGUUGGUUUAUAAAACAGUUUUGUAUAAAACAGUUUUAUAUAUAUUUUUUUAAAGAAAUACCCCUCUCCAAAUAUCCAAAACACACACACUAACACAGCCAAAAUGAGGCCAUAUUUAAUAACAUUUGCCUGUCUCUGCUCUGCCCUCGCUUUUGUAACAGCCGUACCAGUGCCUGCCUCCAAUCAGGAACUAGAUGUGCUACAGAUUCCACUAUCAAAUGGAAAGGAAUUGGAUGUUUUAACAUUGGGCUCCCGAGACCAAGAACAAUUAAUAGCAGAACGUAAUAAAAGAACAAUAGGUUUAUUACGUGAUCUGUUUCCCGAUAUAACUAAGAAUGGUGCCACUGAUACACAAAUUGAUUUAUCGGCCAUUAACAAACAAUUGGAAGAAACCAUACGCGUUGCCAGACAAGUCAAAGAAGCUGAAGCCGCCGCUCAAGCUGUUGCUGCUCUCCAACAACAACAACAACCAGCUCAACUGCCCAUUCCUUCGCCCAAGAUUGAAGAGACCAUACAAUUGAGUUUCAACAAUGAAUUGAAUAACAUCGAUAAGCCCAAAUCGAUUAGUAACGAAUUACAAUUGAGCGAUUCCAAGUCACCAGCCAUCGAUGAAUUGACUUUGGAUUCAAAUGAAGAUACUGCCGAUUUGGAUGAUAGAAACAAGAGCAAUAUUUUCAAAAGGUUUUUGCAAUUCGGCGGUGCCGGUUUAGCUGGCGGUGCUAGCGGUGGCUCAAGUGCCGGUGGUGCUGGAGGUGCUGGCGGCGCUGGAGGUUCCGGUAACUUCUUAUUUGAUAUUGUCAGACUUUUCUCUGGUAGUGUGCAAACUCAAGCUGGUGAUGAAGCAGCCAAUAGUGUAAGCAGUUCCUCAGACAGUGAUUCCGAUAGCGAUAGCAAUCGUUCCAAUGAUGGUUACACGGAAGGUAUUCCCGGACCUGUAACCAGAUUAGUCGUUUUAGCUAACAGAGGUUUGGCCAAUUUGGUACAAGAUUUGAUUUUGCGUGUGGCUGCCACAAGUGAGAAAUUCGUUAACUUCAAGGCCAAACUCAUCACUGCUCUCAUUUAAAUCUUCAAGCUUUGUUCACACUUACUUCUUAUACUAUCAACAGCUGUUCAUUUCAAAAUUAGUCAAAUUUUCUUCUACAAAACAACGAAAUUCUUUUUUCCUUUACAAAAAAAAAAAAACUUUUUUAGUUUAAUUUAUUUUUUGCCUAAAAACACGAAGAACAAGAUAAAAUUAGUUAAACAAAAAACUUAAUUCACACAAAACUUUAUCUCACACUAUUCAUCACUAUUUUUUUUUUUUUUUUAUU